AGCCACAAUGUCAGGGCAGGAUGUUGGUUCUUCUUCAUCAUCAGGUCCUAGGCUGAGCUACAGUGCAAUAAUAAACCAGCCACCCCCAUCUCCAGAGGAACAAGAAAAGCUUAGGAUUUAAAGGGAAAGGACGAGCUUGUAUUAUAAAUGCUUCAAUGCUCCUACUCUCUCACCUCCAGAACCCAUCGAUCAGGAUAUGCUCUCUAUUGAAGAAUAUUUGGCUUUAAAAGGAGCAAAGAUGGUUUGCACAGUGAGUAUCGGACAAAAAAAAUGUGCUAAAUUAACUCGAGAAGGAGUUCAUGUGAUGAGAGGGUUAGUUGCUGCCAUUGAGAAUGAGGUGGAUCAGGCGAAUAUAAGAGAAGUUAUCCGAUUGGAUGAUGUUGAGGUCAAUGAUAUGAGAGUUAACUGGAAGGAGAAUGACAACAUUCUAAUAGUCAAUGCCACUGAUUCGCAGUGUGACAACCUCUUACGAUCUUUUAUAGACCUCACACAUCAUCUAUGUGAGUCUAAAAUAGGGCUCGUUCCAGAUGACCUCAAGCAUCUCUUGAGGUACUUGAGCAAAGUGGGUCGUGUAAGGGAAAGCCAUGAAUUUAUCAUGCAUCACCCUGCACUAUGGAACGAGAUAUUCGUUGAAAAGAUGGUAUUAAGUCUAGAUAUUGACAAUUCAGUUUCGGUGCCUAAACAAUUCACAAAAUCAUUUUCUUGGAAAACAGAGUUUGAGAAUUUGGUUAUCAAAAACCCCGCACUCAAUCAAAAUGGCUUUUAUGUAGCCAUAAAAAAAAUUUGGACUAACACUACUCAUGGCUUUAAAUGUAGCGAUGAUAUAGGAGGUUUUUUACACUUUAUGAGGAACAUUUUUACUCAUUUUUAUGAUCAACUAACUGGAAAUAUAAAGUAUCUCACUAAAUCCCAUCAAGCCAGUGCAAUUUGGGAGUUCAUGCAUGCAUUUAAACCGGACUUUUUGUGCCUUCUCUACUCAAGCAUCUUCUACGAUCCUAACUUUCGACGAUAUUUCACUCCAUUGAUGUGAGGAAUGAGCAUUUUUGGUGGGGAGAUCAUCUCAAGAUGUGAUUUAGGGAAGGCUACUUUUGUGACAUAAUCUAUGACGCAAUUUGAUUUAGGACCUGGUUUGUUGUAACAAGAGAAACAAGACGUUUUAACUACAACAGUAUGUUGUUAUUAAGGCUAAUUAGGCUAUGCAACUUUAAAGCAUGCCUUUAACUAUGCUUGGUGUCUUUAAGAAACUAGUAAGAAUCAAUUUUCAUUCAUAAGGAUUUAAUAUAACAUAACAAAACCCAUAAGAAACCACCAACCAUUUUGGAAUUUUCGAAAUUAACACAAACAAGGGGAAAAAAAUGUAAACUUGAAUUGAAACAACAUUUUUACAAAGAAAUUGGAGAAGAAAAAGAAAUUAGAGGUAGAAGAUGAUAAAAACUUGUAGAAUUGGAGCUUGAAGAAACCGCCACUAGUCGCCAGCGCUUCUGCCACCGCCGUCACCUGCCAUCGUAGAAUGCCGGCGAGCCGUCGUUGGCCGCCGUCUGCAUCUCCGCCGGUGGGUUGCGUCAAUAGCAGCGGCAAGAGCCGUUGCUCUGUUAUUUAGGUACGAUUUCCCCCCAUCUGUCAGCUGUGAUUUGCCUUCAAUUUAUAGCCGAAGAAUUGUUCCGUUGAUUUCUUCCCGUUGGCAAUUGAUUCUAGCAAUAAAUGUGGGGGAGCGUUGAAGGAGUUGGGCUGAUUUUUUUCGUUGAAGAAGAAAGCCGCUGCUCAAUGAAUUUGCCGAUGAAGACGUACAAAGUGCAGAUAUUUUUCUUCUUACGCUGGAUUAGAAUGAAGAGAGGACCUUCUU